AUGCUUAAUCUGCACAUACAAUCAGCUGUAUUAGCUCUAGCCUCGAUUAUUGGUUGGGGUUAUAUUGGCUUUUUGCAAAGUGUAAAACUGAGUUUUCUUGGUAUGCUAGGUGAUUUCGAUAUUGAUUAUUUUGCCGAAACAACAUUUCAAUACCUUAGUGUUUCACUACUAAUUAUUUAUGUUGUUGUUGUUACCGUUUUACUAUUGAAUCUCUUGAUCGCAAUGAUGGGUGACACUUAUGGACGUCUUAUUGGAAAUGCAACCCAAAUAUGGUGUUUAGAACGUGCUCGUAUUGUGUAUGCUAUCGAAAAUGAAAUGUCAACAGAGGAGCGUAAUUUAAAUAGAUAUUGGACAAUUGUUGACGGUGAACGAUAUUUUCAAGUGGAAGAAGUGAAUGACAAACAUUUCAGAAAUUCAGAUGAACCAAAUAAAGAUAUUGAUCCGACCACUGAGCAAAAUCAAGACGAACUGAUUUUUGGACCUACAUUUUCACACACAUCAACAACAAAGUCAUAG